CGCAAAAGUAUAAAAGUGCGAGGUCACACCCAGGCCCAGAAUAUAAAUACUUCUUUGGAAUCGUGUCAUAUUUGUGGCCUACUAAUACCCAGAGCAUUCUAUCUUCUACUUUUGAUCCACCCUAUUCACAUAUUUUUCUUUGCAAAAUGCUCAGCAUCUUCUCCUUGCGGCAACAGCCAGAGGACGCAGGCCGCAUAACCUUCAAAGACUCAAAACUGCGCCCUAUCAUUAAGCGCAGCAUAUGGGCCUACCUUGAGGUCAUGAUGUUCAAUACAUUUAUGAUCUGGACCGGACUGUCGAUAUUCCUUGGCGCUAUGUACGAGCGCUCCACCCACGCCCACAACCUCGACAUUUACGUAGUAGAUCUUGACGGCGGAACCAUCGGCUCUACCUUCACUCGCAACAUCCUUGACAUCAAACACACUCUCACUGACCCAACAUGGCACGAGAUGACCGGGUUUUCCACCGUCGCAGAGGUCAAAGAGUGGAUUAGAGUCAACUCAUGGGGCGCACUGGUCAUCAACCCCGGCGCUAGCGACCGGCUGAACAACGCCAUCAGCAACGGCGCUGAAUACGACCCCACGCAGGCGAUCACGCUGAUCCCGUCGACUGGACGCCACGUCGUGGCCGAGAUGUUGUAUGUCGAGAAGACUUUGGCUGCUGUCGCAUACAGCAUUGGCCAAACGUUUGCUCUGACGCAGGUCAACUCGUACAUCGCUGCCGUCGCCACUGCACAAACUGGGGCCGACAUACAGACCAACUAUGAGGCCCUGUUCAAUCCGAUUGCGUACACCACUGACAACGCCUCGCCCAUGGGCUUUGGUAUAGCGGCUGUGCUGACCACUUUCUCGACUUUGUGCCUCCUGUUAACGAGCAUUUCCUUCUUGAUUAUGUGGAAGCUGACGACCUUCUCGCUGUUUCUCAAGACAAAGUACCGUGACCUGGUGCUCAUGUGGUUUGUACUGCUGCUUGGUCUCGCAUUGUACCUGUCUUUGUUUGUGGCGUUAGCAAUUCUCGCGUACAAGGGGCCCGACUACAAUAGCCUGGCACUCACAUUCACUGCUGCCACAUUCUUCAAGCUCUGGUUCACUGUAGCCGCCGAGGCCCUGGUCCUCGAGCUGUGGCUGUUCAACUGGUUCUUGCACUUGCCGCCGCAUGUACUUGCCUGGCCGUCGAUAGCAACUGUCAUUAGCGACGUCGUCAGCUGCAUUGGCUGCCCCGAGCUGUCGACUCCAUUCUUCAAGAUCAUGUAUGCUAUACCCGCUUAUAACUCUUCACGCAUCAUCUACUACAUUCUGUCCGGCGCAUAUCCGCAUAGCGGAAAGCACGCCGGCAUUUUGAUUGCAGAGAUAGUUGCCAUGGGCCUUCUUCUGUGCGUCUCCAUCUGGAUACGCCAACUGGUUGUGAUCCGCGGCAUCUCCGACGCCCACGGUUUUUACCGCGGUUACACGUACUUCCACUCGACGGUCCCAUACUACAAGUCUGACCCUACCAGCACUGAGCACAACCACAACAACAUCGAGUCUGGAAACAGCCAUGCCAAGAUGACCAAACAGAUCGGUGUUAACAGCCUGGAAAACGAGUCCACCCUGUCUGGCAGGCGCUACAACCAUGGCUGCAGUAGUUCUAGUGACAUUGAAAUUAGCGACUGUAUUGACGACAAUGUAAGCCUUCGCGAUGGUGCUCUUUGAGCCAGCCUACACAUUUUUAUUAUUUCUUAAAAAAGCAAUAUAUAAUUAUUUGUCAGAAA